AUGGCCGACAUUCCCUCUCCUCGAAAGCCUCUCACAGCUGCCCAUAAUUUCAUCUCAAGCCUAUAUAGUUCGGCAACAAUGCGUAGCGUCGUUCGUGCAGAAUUAGCCGGCAAGGUUUACAUAGAUGAUUCCUCCGUUUUCAAACGCCUCGAAAUUGGCCGGGUGCCUGAUGAACUGGUCGAUUCUUGCUUCGAAAUAUCCUUAAAUCAACACCGAGGUGUCUUCGACGAACUCGAUGAGGUCGUGGCAGCAGCGGCCAAAGCCAGGAACAAAAUGGUUUACCAUGACACGCAACUCAAACAACGGGCGAAGGGGGAUAGUUGGGAGGUGAAAAUGUACCCACCGCUGCAACAAUUGUUUAACCACAUCGCCAAUUUCUCGCACCCGGGCGAGCUGAAAGCGACGAGGAACAUCAAGAUCGCUGCGAACAGGCAACUCAAGGGCGAAGAAUAUACAACUGGCUUUCCAAUGGUUGCGCCAGACGGAACCGGGUCCCGCGUCCUCGAAUGUGAUUCUUGGAUCGACGUUGACUGGUUCGUGGAAGUCAAACCGAAGGAAAGCCAAGGUCUCUCUGCGAAAGACGCUACCAUCUCCGAGGUCGUCUGCCAGGCCGCUGACUACGCUCGGCUCCAUAUGUCUUGCCGCCCUUUCCAGCUCUUCUCAGUCGGCCUUCUCAUCUUCGGGCGCAAGUUCAUGGUGGGCAUCUUCGACAGGGACGGUGUCUCGCUCUCUCCUAUAUCCGACUUCUGCGACGGUAGUGAAGGUUUCAGAACUUUCAUCAGGGUGAUCCGCCAACUUGUCAGUCCUCGCCUCUCGGAUAUCGAGCUCGGAUGCGACCCUACCGUUCAACCUUUAAGCCGCUCGUCUGAUCUUCACCCUGCUGUUCGUGAGCUCGCCAUUUCACAAGGGCUAUCACCAGAUUUCCCGCCGUACGUGGUAUUGUGCCCGAUGGAGUACCCGAUGACGGUCAAGGGUGUGACUUCGACAAAUUGGGUACAUAAUUCAUGGUUGACGGUCGGCCCUCCCAUUUGGGUGUCUCUAUCCCUUAUCGGCCGAGGCACGAAUAUCUGGCCUGUAAUCCCGGUUACUUGGAACUCUGGCAAGUGUACUAUCGUCGACGGUGCACCCCUUGCGAUCCUUAAGAAUGCGUGGCGCAACAGCGAACGCACUGGAGAGGGUUUCAUCUAUGGGAGCCUCGCUGCCCCUCCCCCUGGCGUAGCUCGCUUUUUACAAGGAGGCGAUGUCCUGUUCGACGCCAAGAACGGCAUGCCGAUAUCGGUGCACAAUCUGCGUAGUCACUAUCCGUACGGCGCAUGGCUCCAUAGGGUUGAGACGAAUCCUGAAGCGGACGCGCCACCUGGGACUGGGACUGGGACGGCCGUCCUCCAUCGCUUUAUCCUGCAGACCUUCGGGCGGCCGAUGUGGCAUUUCGUGAGCUAUCUCGAGUUGUUAAAAGCGUUCCGUGCGGCCAUCGUUGGUCAUCAGCAGCUCGUUGCUCAGGGAAUCCUCCACCGAGACAUCAGCGCCGGGAAUAUCAUGAUAUCCGCCUCGAAUAACCCCAGUGCGGGCGAAGAAGGCUUCUUGAUGGACUUGGAGUUCGCGAGGAUUGACCAAGUCGUGCAUGUUACGAAGAUCCCUGGGGGUCCGCAGCAUACGACGUGGAGUGUCCCGAGGCGAGGCAUCCAGAUGACCGGCACCGUGCAGUUCAUGGCUAGAGAAAUCUUGCAUUCCAUCGUCAAAAACAAGACGGUUGAACACUCAGAAUCGCACGAUCUUGAAUCGUUCGCUUGGGUCUUCGCCUACGUCGUGCUUCGCCGUCUACUUCGCGAUUCGGGAGAUGAGACGAAAUCGACAUUCACAAAGGACGAUCGACUUGCUAUCAAAACGACGUACGACCAAUCAUUCGGCGCUCUGAAACUCGAUACUGUGCUGACUCAACGUCGUUCACUGGGCGUGUUCGACUUGAGAGAAAAUGGUAUAGAAGGACUCGUCCCCGCCGCUAUCACCUAUUUUAUGAAGGUUCUGGGAAUGCUAGUGGCCGCAAACCACGCGGCCGCCCAGCCACCUGAUCCGCUCUUUUCUGACACGAUGCUUCCACAGGCGCCGCAGGAAAGUAAAAUACAUAGCCCGUCUAUCUUAUGCCCUAUAUGUGUGAUAUCACAGAACGAGACAGUGGAUCCUAGUGUCCAACUGCAAUCAGAGUAA